GAAAGUGAGGCACAAAAAAAAGAAAAGAAAGGAAUAAUGUUAUGUUACAUAUAUAUGAAAUAUAGAAUGAGGAUUGGAAUUAGAGGAUCAGAAGCUUGUAUGUAUGCAUAUGGGAUUUACUAACAACAAGCAAAAAUGGGAGCCAAAGAAACUGUCUUGUUCCUCAUCAUCCUCUCCUUCCACUUCUAUCAUCCGCCAUCAUUAUUUUCUCUUGCAAAUAACUUGCCUUCUUCAGCUCUUUUGCAGAAAAAAGUAGGAGAUACAGAAUUGGAUAAAGAUAGUAGUAGCUCCACUCAUGGUGGUGGAAAUGGAAUAGCCCACCACAGCAAUUAUGCCUAUAGUGCCAGUACCAGAGGUGGUGGUGGUGGCAGCAGAGGAGCAAGUGGCGGCCGAUCAGGCGGCAGUAGUGAGGAAGGAAAUGGAGGUAGCUCCACAACCCCUAACACAGCAGCAGGCACUGCUGUCAUUCCCUUAUAUGCAGCCGGCGCUGCCAAUGGCCACCGCAACACCCACCACGGCGCUGGCAGCUGCAACCAGAGCUGCGUAGAUGUUUCCACUUUGUGUGCUCUAAUCUUGGCAUCUCUUGUUGUACAUAUUUAUGUAGUACUUGGAGUCGAAAACCUAACUAAGCCUGUGUAAAAUGAAGAGUUUCUUACUUCAUAAUGCUAUGCACUUGAAAAAAAAAAAAAAACAAAAAUACCUGUAAAAUAAAAUAUGCAGAGUAGAUUCAUUCUAGGUGUGAAUCUAUGUCGUAUACUUCUAAUGCUUAUUUUGAAAGCAUAGCUUUUCUGUUCUUGCUUUACCAUGUUAGUGGAGACUCUUAUGUUUUAGCCUUUUCAUUUA